CAAACAAUACAACUUGACUUCACAGAUGCUCUUGUGUCUGUAUCCGUGAAACGUCAUCAAGCUGGAAGACCGCCGUAUCUCCGUGUUUACUGUAUCAUCAAAAGCACCAUAUUGCAUCAAAAACGCAACCACAUGGAUCCCGAAUUCGCUUCUGUAGCGUUCUGUCCCAUUCAGUGUCCACCACUCCUAGCUAUGACGACGUCUCGGGGUCUAUUUGUCCCCGCUAUUUCCCAGUACCUCUGCGCAGCUCAUCAGAGCCCAUCUCGCAUGUGUCUUCCUAACAUUGGAAAUUAUUUUUAGCGCACGUUCGGGUGGGAGUGUUAUAUAUACCUCGUCGAAGUACCUUGACCAUCGAUGGGCCUUCUCCAAGUGGUCUUGUGCGCACUUUCACCUGCUCUCCUCCGGGCGUCGCCUGUGAGGAAGGCUAGUACUGACACGUCUGUGGUACUCAAUGGGCAGACUUUUAUCAAUAAAGGAAUCGUCGCGUUUGGCUUGAUCCCGUCAGAUGCCGUAGACUCGACGGGCGAUACCCUUGGUGGUUUUGGGAGUGCCAUGGCGAUCAAGUACAGGACGUGGACGGAUAUUGGGAACGGAAGUUUCUCGGGCACACUGGUCGCACAUCCAGAUCGUGGGUACAAUGUGGAAGGGACGGUAAACUACCAGGCCCGCCAGCAUGAUAUUGACUUUGUAUUGACGCCCUAUUACGGCACGGACGACUUGAGCUUUGACGACGCGCAAGGGACGCUUACGGUGGUGUACAAGAACACUACGCUCCAGUAUGAGAGAGAUGACAACAAGACUACAGGUCUUGAUAGCCUAGGCGUGCGUCCUGCGAUGGCAGGGUUUCCCUUGGACCCCUUCGCGGACCCACAGAUGCCCGUGCCGAUUACGAUACCGAAUCUGUCCAUUGAUGCUGAGGGGAUCAUUGCGAACCUUGAUGGAUCGUACUGGGUGAGCGACGAGUACGGACCGUACAUCUACCGCUUCUCGGGGGACGGACAUCUAAUCCAGACUAUCCAACCACCUUCAGCGAUCCUCCCUCGCGACUCCGACGGGAACCUGAACUUUACGUCCGAAACGGAUCCAAGUACUGGAAGAGCUGGCAAUCAAGGAUUCGAGGGCCUGACGUUCGACGUCGACAGUGAGAUUGUUUAUGCAAUGCUGCAGUCGGCGACUAUUCAGGACGGUGGAAAUGACUCGACCACAUCGAGGUACACCCGUCUUUUAGCGUAUGAUGUGUCCAACCCCACUGUCCGUCCUGAGCUUGUCGGUGAAUGGGUCGUGCCGUUGCCGCAGAGCAAGAAAAACAAGACGAGGGCAUGCAGCGAGAUCGCGUUCGUAAGCCCUGGUGUGUUCUUCGCGUUGUCUAGGGAUGGAGAUGGAAGAGGCGGGGACGACCUCGAGUCCAGUUACAAGCAAGCGGACCUUUUCGAUAUCUCCAACGCCACGGACAUUCACGGUACCAAAUUCGACGAUCCUGCGAACCCCAUUGCCAUCGAUGGCGAGCUUGAUGCUGAUAUUAUACCAGCCACGUACGUGUCGUUCGUCAAUUAUCUUGACGACGACCAGCUGGCAAGGUUCGGUCUGCAGAAUGGCGACGAAGAUGACGACACGCACAUCAACGCAAAGUGGGAGUCAUUCUCGCUUGCUCCUGUCGAUGACCCGGAUUAUCCGGAUGAUUAUUUCUUGUUCACUGCUUCGGACAACGAUUUCCUCACAACGAAUGGGAUUUCAGUGGGAGAGCCGUAUGAUGCUGGUGAGGAUGUGGACAAUCAGUUUUUGGUGUUUAGGGUUACGCUUCCUAGUGUGGUUCCUGGGAGCGUUCAGCGGCUCUUGGGCGUGUAA